AUGUGCGAGCAGGUGUCCAUCCUCCAGGCCCAGCCGACCUCGUCGGCCGAGGCGUGCCAGCACGUGCUCCAGGGAGUGAUUCAGAUUCGGCGCAUGCUGGAGGGCACGCUCGAUCCGCCGGGCGAUGCGAUCGACCAGGUCGGAGAGGACGUUGUGAACUUGGCGGCGCAAGUCACCAACCUCGAGGGCCAGGUGAGCCAGGUCGGGCAGUUGGUCAUGACACUUGCCAUGCAGGUGGCCAGGCUGUACCGGGCAGUGGGACAGACGUGCAACGGCUCGUCGGCGGCGGGAACGGCGUCCCCGGGAACACCGCCACAGGCGGUAGCACCAACCACACCCGGCUGGGAGUUGGUGUUCAGCAGGAUCCCGGAGGAUGCUCAGUCGCGCUCGGACGGCAGCUCAACGCAGUAA